AUGUGUAAUUCAAAUAUUGACCAAAUCAAAAAUACUAACAAUGAAAGCCAAACUGAACCGAAUGACAUUUUGCAAGAUCGGAACAAAAAUAAAAAGAUGUAUAAUGAUGUGGAUAUAGAGUUGAUUAAAAUGCCUAAGAUUUAUAAAAAAAAAGGUAGACCAAAGGAAUCUGAUCUUACCUCAAUUGGUAUAAAGAAAAGAAGAAAAAUUAAAGUUGUAGCUUUUUCUAACUUGAGUAUAAAGAAAAAACAAGAAAAAAUAUUGUCUUGGAUUUUAAGAGAAGAAGAAGCAGCUUAUUAUGUUAUUCAAAAUGGUGAUAAGGUUGAGGAUUGUCAUAUAGAAAAUAAUCCAGAGAAAGUGUCGAACGUCGUUUUGGAUCCCAACGUUGACCUAUCCUUUCUUGACUGA